AUGAGCAGUCUCGCACAGAACCGCGCAGCAUGGAUUGACGCCCCAGGCAAGGCGAUCCGCGUCGGCGCCCACGACCUGAGAAAGCUCCGACCCGGCGAGAUUCUGGUUAGGAACCGGGCCGUCGCCGUCAACCCCUUUGACUGCCUCCAGCAAUCCACGGGCGAAUUCGUCGAGCAGUGGCCCUGCAUCCUGGGCCACGACCUCGCCGGCGACGUCGUCUCGGUCGGCGAGGGCGUGGUCGCGUUUGCCCCCGGCCAGCGCGUUCUCGCGCAGGCGCUCCAGCAAGGGCCCGAGAAUACGGCGUUUCAAGAGCACAGCAUUAUCGGCGAGGACGUGACUUGUCCCAUACCCGAUACCUUGACGUACGAGUCUGCAUCUGUCGUGCCGCUGGCUCUUUCGACUGCGGCGGCGGGCUUGUACCAGAAGGGUUACCUCGAGUUGCCGCUGCCGAGCGCUUCGCCGCUGCCCGGAUCGGGUGAGAAGAAGACGCUGCUUGUAUGGGGAGGUAGCUCGAGUGUUGGCACCGCCGCCAUUCAGCUGGCCGUUGCGUCGGGACUCGAAGUCGUAACGACUGCGUCGCCAAAGAACUUUGCGCUCUGCCGCAGAUUGGGCGCAAAGGAAGUAUUUGACUAUCAUUCGCCCACGGUGAUAGAGGACCUGGUGGCUGCAGUCAAGAGGAACGGCCAAGUCGCGGGCGCCUUCACAGCCGUCAGUCAACCCAGCGAGGUCAUCAUGACCGUUGCUCGGGUCCUGGAAAAGUUGGGUGGAGGUUUCAUUGCUACUUCCAAACCACCUCCAGAGAAACUCCCAGCGGGCGUUGCUGCAAAGAUGGUGUUUGCAACAGAUUAUGCGAUUGUUGAAGGCAAAAAGUUCUUUCGCGACUUUUUGCCGAGUGCUCUGGCCAAUGGCAGUUAUGUAGCGGCGCCCGAGCCACAUGUUGUCGGCCAUGGGCUGGAACACAUACAAACUGGCCUAGAGGUACUAUCAAAGGGCGUGUCUGCCCAAAAGAUUGUAGUGACAUUAUAA